AACAGAAAACCUGCUGUUGCUGCUUCGGCUGGCCGUGUGCAACACAAGACAGAGACAGAGUCAUGCUUCUACGGCUGUAUACUUCGAGACACGACAAGUUUGCACUCAAUCCAGCGACGACCCUUUUCGUUUUGCUCUGUUUUCUGUUCUUCUUUUGCUUACCCACACCCCACCAUGCCUGCCAGGAGCUCGAUAGAGUGUCUCUGUUGUCUUUCUCCCACAACCUCUCAACUCCUCUGAAUUGGUCUUCUUCUUCUUCCUCGGAUUGUUGUCUUUGGGAAGGCGUUAAUUGCGAUGUCGGUUGGGUCACCACUCUAUCACUUCCCUCCAAAGGCCUCAGAGGACCAAUCUCUCCAUCUCUUGCUAACCUCACCCACCUCUCUUACCUCAAUCUCUCUCAUAAUUCCCUAUCUGGGCCCCUUCCAUCUUCCUUCUUUUCGUCUUUUGAUCUCCUGCAGACUCUCGAUUUGAGCUUCAACAGACUCUCCGGUGAAUUACCUGCUUCUGCAUUACCCAACCGCUCCCUGUCUCUGCAAUUUCUUGAUUUAUCAUCAAAUCUCUUCACCGGAGACUUUCAGUCAUCAUUCCUCGGACAAGCUUCACAUCUUUCGACAUUGGACAUCAGCAACAAUAGCUUCACCGGCCUCAUUCCUUCUUUAAUAUGCCAGAAUUACACUAUGCUUAAGUACUUGGAUUUCUCCCUCAAUGAAUUCAGCCACGAAAUUCCUUCGGGACUUGGUAAGUGUUCGAAGCUGGAGGUGUUCAAAGCAGGUUGGAACCAACUUAUAGGACCCUUACCCAAUGACAUCUAUGAUGUAGUUUCGCUGCAACAGCUUUCCAUUCCCUUCAACAACUUAUCAGGAAACAUAGAUGGAGCUGCUCAGAUCAUUCGCCUCGUUAAUCUCGCCAUUGUUAACCUUUCCUUCAAUGAAUUAACAGGACAACUCCCUCGGGACAUUGGGAAGCUGACUAAUUUGGAAGAGCUGGCCCUCUGCAACAACUUCCUCAGUGGUCCUCUGCCUCCAUCCUUGACGAAUUGUACCAAUCUCCGGAUCCUGAGUCUAAGGCUAAACGAAUUUGAAGGGAAAUUAUCCGCCAUUGAUUUCUCCAAACUCGUGCAAUUGAACAUUCUGGACUUGGGUGCAAACAACUUUUCUGGUAAUCUGCCAAUGAGCCUAUACUCCUGUCUGUCCUUAACUGCAAUCCGACUCACAAAGAACAAUCUUGAGGGACAAAUCCAGCCCGGAAUACUUGCAUUAAGGAACCUAUCUUACCUUGCAAUUUCUGUCAAUCGGCUGAUCAACAUCACUGGAGCGUUUCAGAUUCUGAUGCAUAGCAAGAACCUCACCAAGCUUCUCCUCUCCGUGAACUUCAAUGGAGAACCGAUUCCCGUCGAUGUCGACAUAAACGGAUUCCAAAAUAUCCGGCUUCUGGCUAUUGGUGGUUGUCAGCUCACUGGCCAAGUGCCCACCUGGUUACUUAAUCUAAAGAACCUGGAGGUCUUGGAUUUGUCUGGAAAUCAGUUCACAGGUUCAAUCCCUGGGUGGUUGGGAACACUACCCAAACUCUUCUAUAUGGACUUGUCUAAUAACAAUCUUACAGGAGAAUUGCCUCUGCAGCUCACAGGGCUGCCUAAGCUGGACUCAUCAGCUCCAUUGGAUCAGGUUAAUCUUGAGAUACCCAUCUCUGUCAUUGUCCAAAGUAUUGGUGGGCAAAUGUACAAUCAGCUCUCCAGCUUACCCCCUGCAUUAUACCUGAGAAACAACAGCAUUAAUGGCAGCAUUCCUCCAGAGAUCGGCCAGUUGCAGCACCUUCAUGUGCUAGACCUCAGCCUCAACAAGUUCUCUGGCGUGAUUCCUGACCAGCUAUCCAAUCUCACCAACUUGGAAAUACUUGAUCUUUCACAGAACAACCUUACCGGUGAGAUCCCUUCGUCGCUGGUUCAGCUCAGUUUCUUGUCUCGGUUCAGUGUUGCAUAUAACAAUCUUGAAGGGCCUAUACCAGUGGGAGGUCAGUUUGAUACUUUCCCCAUGUCCAGUUUUGUUGGGAAUCCAGGGUUGUGUGGUCAAGCCGUGAACUGGCUUUGCCACAAUCAAACUGGGGGAACCACCAUUAGUCCUGCAUCCAGCAAGAGCACCAUUAAUGUGAAACGCCUUUUGGUAAUUCUGGGAACAUGCUUGGGGUGUUUUUCUUUGUUAACUGUGCUAGUUCUUUGGAUUAUAUCCAGAAGGAUCACAGUCAGAAGAGAGAACAGUAACAAGAUUAAUCAGGAACCCAGUUCAUUUGGCUCCAACAGCAAAUGA